CUGAGCGGGGAGGCGCCAUCUUGUUCCUGUGUGAGGCGGCGGGGCCGGGGCAGCGCCGAGGGCAGUGCCCGCCGCCAGCCCGGGCCCGGCAUGGACACCGACUACUACGGCGGGGAGCAGUCAGAUGAUGGAGGAGCUACUCCAGUGCAAGACGAGCGAGACUCGGGAUCUGAUGUGGAAGAUGAAGGAAAUGAGCAGCAUUCUGGAUCGGAGAAUGGAAGUGUAGGGCACCAUUCAGAGAAUGAACACAGCGAUGGAGAGGAUGAUGGGCAAGUGGGAGAGCCUCAUAUGACAGACUCUGAAAAUGAAGAUAUCCCAAGGCAAAAGGACAGUGAUUCAGAUAAUGAGGAGCCUCCAAAUCACAACGUGAGUGAUUCAGACAAUGAAGCAGCUCACGGAGGGAAAGACAGUGAUUCUGAUACUGAGGACCCUCCAAACCGGCCUCUAAGUGACUCUGAAAACGAGGAGGCCUUAAAUCAUCGAGCGAGUGACUCUGAUAAUGGAGACCCUCCCAGGGACCCCAGCAGUGAUUUUGAAAACGAGGAAUCACACAAACAGCCGGGCAGCGACUCGGAGAGCGAGGAGCUCCAGAAGCAGCCGGGCAGCGACUCGGAGAGCGAGGACGUGGCCAGGCACAAACAGAUUGAGUCUGAGGACAGCGAUGGGGAGGACAGGAAGGAGGAGGUGCAGAAUGACUCUCAUCAUUCGGAUAAUGAACACGUAAGGGAAGGAUUUCAGGGCUCUGACAGUGAAGACGAAGCUCCUAAGAGACGUAAAAUAUCGGACAGCGAUGAAGAUGAGAAAGAGGAGGAGAAGACAGUGAAGAGGAAAACAGCCAUACUUUCUGACAGCGAGGACGAGAGUGAGAAAACACCAGCUGCCAAAAAGGUACGAAUCCUUUCUGAUGUGGAAGAAUCAGACAGUGAUGCUGCUUCGGAGAAGUCUGACAAAAGGAAGAAAAACAUUGUGUCAGAUAGUGAGGAGGAAGAAGAAGAAGAAGAAAGAAAAGAAAAUGCUGGGAAGAAGAAAGAAGAGAAAGAUCUGUUUGGCAGUGACAGUGAAUCUGGAAAUGAACAAGAGAACCUGAUUGCAGAUAUAUUUGGAGAAUCUGGUGAUGAGGAAGAGGAGGAAUUUACAGGUUUUAACCAGGAGGAUUUGGAGGAAGAGAAGGGUGAUGGAGACAUGAAGGAGACAGCAGAUGAAUCAGACUCUGAUGAUAACAUCAAAAGAGGGAAGCACAUGGACUUCAUGUCAGAUUUUGACAUGAUGCUCCAACGGAAGAAGAGUAUGAGCGGCAAGCGCCGGCGGAACCGCGACGGAGGGACGUUCAUCAGUGACGCAGACGAUGUGGUCAGUGCCAUGAUUGUCAAGAUGAAUGAAGCUGCUGAGGAGGAUCGACAGCUGAAUACACAAAAGAAGCCAGCACUAAAGAAAUUAACUUUGCUACCAACUGUAGUUAUGCAUCUUAAAAAGCAGGACCUCAAAGAAACUUUCAUCGAUAGUGGUGUUAUGUCUGCCAUCAAAGAGUGGCUUUCUCCUCUUCCAGACCGAAGUCUGCCAGCACUAAAGAUACGGGAGGAGCUUCUGAAGAUCCUGCAGGAGCUGCCCAGUGUGAGCCAAGAGACCCUGAAGCACAGUGGGAUUGGACGGGCUGUGAUGUAUCUCUACAAACACCCCAAAGAGUCGAGACCAAACAAGGACAUGGCAGGGAAGCUGAUCAAUGAAUGGUCUCGACCCAUCUUUGGCCUUACCUCAAACUACAAAGGCAUGACCAGAGAAGAGAGGGAACAGAGAGAUUUGGAACAGAUGCCUCAUCGAAGGAAAUUGAGCAGCUCUGGUGGGCAGACUCCCCGCAGAGACCUGGAGAAAGUGUUAACUGGAGAGGAAAAGGCUCUCAGGCCCGGGGAUCCCGGGUUCUGUGCCCGUGCGAGGGUGCCCAUGCCCUCCAACAAGGACUAUGUGGUCAGGCCAAAGUGGAACGUGGAGAUGGAGUCCUCCAGGCCCGGGACUAUUAAGAGAGGUAUUAGUCGCUUGGAAAAGCACAAGAGACGGUUUGCUGAACAGAAACGACUCAGCAAAGUGCAUCGGGCCAUCAAGUUCAGCAUUGAAGGCAACAGGAUGCCCCUGUAGCCAUGCCACUGCCUUCCCAAGUUGGAGAGUUCCAGGGGACCUCUAAGAAAGGGGUGAGUCGACUGGACAAACAGAUGCGGAAAUUCACAGAUAUCAGGAAAAAAAGCAGAUCGGCCCAUGCAGUGAAAAUCAGCAUUGAGGGUAAUAAGAUGCCAUUGUGACCCUUCACAGAAUACCCCAUGAGCUCUGCUGUCAGACAGUGCACCCACAGACUCUUUGGAGACCUUUAAAUUUUUUUACAACUUGUUUGGGGUUUUUUUAAUUGUUGGUUCAGGUUCUGGUAGAAGAUGUUGUCUGAGGACUGUGAAUAUGAAGACUUCUUUCUCCUGAUAGUAUUUAACUGGCCCUAUCAUGUCCUUUGUACAGAUCAUGUAUUUGUUGUAUUGCAACACUUCAGACAAUAAAACAUCUUCUGUUUUUUUGG